AUGCCCGCGCAGUCGACGCUGCCCAAGCGUCCUGCGUCGACGGUUACCCAGAUCCUCGCCAUGCCGCCACAGUGGCUUGCGUCCUACGAGGAAUUCGUCACGAAAAAUGCAAGCCAAGUCUCGCAAAUUGAAAGUGCUCUGCGAAGCUUGACAUAUAUUAUCCCUGGCCGCUUUCGCGACGCUGAGAUUGCCUCCGAAUCGAUCCAUUCCGGUGUGCAGCUUCUCAGUCUGUACCAUGACAAUCUUCUUUCCAAAGCCGUGUCCAAGCUCCCGAUCCCGCCUAUCCGCACCGCGCACGCCCGCUACACUCGAUUCUGGGCUGAGAAGAGCGCCUUCUACAGGCGUGUGGCCAUGACACUACAGAUGGUCAUCUACACCGAGCUGCUCUUGGAGAUGUCGGCUAAGCGUCGCGGUGGGAAUAAGUCUAGAUGGCGCGUCGUCGUGCUGCUCGAGGGGAUCAAGGCCGUCUGCCGUCUGCUGCUGCUUCGCAUCACGCGCACACGCCAGAUCGUCACGCCGCCGCUGCCGGAGCGCGAACCCAUCCCAGACGACAUUUCUAAUCCUAAUCGCGACGAAAGCGACUUGGCUCCUGGCAGUGAAAGCGAGUUUGCGCUGGAAGAUGGCGGCAGCAUCCACGGCAAUACUAUGGCGUCGCAGGACGCGCUGGAUAUGAUGAGGCCUCCUUAUGGACGCGACUGGACCAUGCCCCGAACGGGCAUGAGCAUGCCAUCCUUGCCAGAAUCUGGAGAUAUCAGCUCCUAUCUGCUUUCGCGAGUGCUCACCGCUGACGACAUUCGUCCUGCGACAAAACUGCUGACCCAGUUGCGAGGCGUCGGACAUGCUGCUGAAGUGCUGCAUAUUCUCGCGCCACUCAUAUAUGCUGUCGCGCUGAUGCGCAGCAAAAAUAAGCGAUCGUGGACGCCGUGGAUGAUUGGCCUCACGGUAGAAUACGCCGCGCGACAGCUGCGCGACACCAGCAGCGGCGCCAGUCUGCGCACGACGCCGCUGGAACGCGACGAGUGGAAUAAGCGCGGUUGGUCGAUGAUGUGGUGGGGCAUGCGCGGCGCGUUCUAUGAGAAUAUCACAAAGGGUAUGGUAAAUGGCGUAUCGAGACGGAUGCCCAGCUUCAUUGGUGGUAUCCUGGAGGACUACGAGUAUCUCUGGGAGAAUUACUACUUCAGCACCAGCGCGUAG